UUCAAUUAACAUUGUUUAGCGAGAGCGAGGUUACACGUUUCGAAAAGUUUAUAUACCCGUUGGCAAGUGUACCCUAUGAACAAAAUAUAGUAAUAUUUAUAAAUAUUACUACUUACCGUUUGAUCGCUGUAUCUGCCAAAACACGUCUUUAUUUUAAACUCCAUCAAACAAAAACCACUCACAGCAAUUGCAGAUAUAUUAUAUCAGUUUCCCAAGGAUUUAUUAUCAGAGAUAUUAUUAGGAUCAUGUUGUUAGUUAUAUUUGUAUUAGGAUUAUCGUCUGCUCUAGUGUCAAGUAAAGUAUGCAGCAAUCCGUCAGUGUCUACAUCAACACAUACAUCUAGAAAUGUUGCUUUAUCUACUGAGACUGCUUAUGUUGCUGAUAUCACUGUCACCUGUGAAAAUUCUAUGGGAUUAAACUUGUAUGCUGAGAUUGAGGCUGGUGUUUUAGUUCCAGUUGCAUAUGCUACAGAUACCAGCAACUACCAAAUUAGUUGGACCAAGGAUCAUAAAAAAGCCACCACCGGUACUGUCGUUGUCAAUAUCUUUAAUGAAGAUGGUUAUACAGCUUACAGAAAGGUGCAGCGCAACAACGAAGAUGUUUCUAAAAUCAAACCAUAUUUUACAAUUGAAAUCCAUCAUCCCGGGGUCGCUCGUGAAGGAUUAUUCGUUCAAACGGAAUUUAUUGCUGUCGUAUGUGCUUUGUUGGUCUGGUGGUCAGCAAAUUCGAUGAGGAAUCAAAUUAUGGAAUAAACAAUACAACUUUUUUAGGUGUUGCGAAAUUCUAAUAAACAUUUUUUGUACUUUUGUACCUUCUUGAAACUUGAUGGCUGUUUCAAAUUUUA